UUGGACUGCGUACUGCCUUUUGUGAAAAUUAUUUGGUAUAAAAAUGGAUUCUUGAAAGAUUACUUUGAUUUUAUUAAUAUUGUUAUUUUUUAAUUUACAUUUUUGAAUUGACAAGUUUUUUAAAUGUUGCAUUUAAGUGUAAGGUUAAUUUUAUAAUGAAUUGACAAUUUAUUAUAACUUAUAAUAUAUGUUUGUACUCUUUUAUGUCACAAGUUAUAAUAUGGAUGCAGAGAUAUUAAGAGCGAUAUUAAAAAGUUACAGUAAUGCAGAAAAUAUUCAAUCUGAGAAUUACGAAAAUGUGUCAAAGGAAACUUUACUUUGCAUACAAUCUGACACAAUACUGAAUACUUUAUGUACAUCAUUGAGCAAUCUUUUAUGUUAUAAAAUAUCCAAGGAAGCUUAUCAACGCUAUUCAGUUCGAUUAUUGAUAAUUGAUGUCUUACGGAAUUGGUGCAGUAUGGUGAACAAUUUUAAACAUUUAAAGAUAUUUACAUAUAAAGAAAAUAGCUUGAGAUUUAUGAGUAUUCUUUUAGACAAAUAUCUCACAAAUGACAUUUUGAAUAAGUACUACAUGAAAGAUACUUUGAUAAGUUUAAUCGUUUCUGUAAUGCAGUUGUCAAUUAAGAAUACAAUUUUGAUGCGUUAUGUAGAUCGAUUGUUUAUAACAUUUUUACAACUGGAAGCAAAUGAUAAAGUUGAUAGGUUGUUACACAAUGCUCUAUGUUCAAGUUUGCAUUUUAAACUAACCACGAAGGAAGAGAUGUAUGCUUUACAAAAAUUUAAAUUAAUAGAAGAACCUUUGCUCAACAAUUUUAUGUGCAUGUUUCCUAAUUUGAAAAAGGAGAAUCAUGUAGGUGACCUAAAUAAUGAGAUGUUAAAUAAAUUAUUAGAACUUAGCGCCAAAUCUGCAUAUAUUUUUCAAUUAAUGUUUAAUUUUUUAAAAGAACUAUUAGUUGAACUACAAUAUGCAUCUGUAGUCUUAGAUUUCAUAGAUUUAAUGUUAAAGCGAGUAUCUAUUUGUUGUGAAAAUCACGAUAAGAAUAUAUUAGAUCUUUAUCCCAGGAAGCUGCAUUCUUGUAUAAUUUUAUUAAAGAUAAAACCCAAAUACCAUACAAUGCACACACGGAAAUAUACAUUGCAAAUGAUGAAACAAAUCUACAAUAAAAAUAAGAAUGUUUUUUUAAUUUUAAUGUCCCACUUUCUUGAAUGGUUAGAAUAUUUUGCAUCUUACAUCACCAAUAAUGUGCAAAAACUAGAAAUUUUACAAUAAUAAUA